AUGCAAACGUCGCCGGUCCGUCUGGGGGCGCUCAUCCGGUACGUAUCGUUUCGGCACGCCCCUAAGUUCCGACAGCCACGCCCCGAGGAAGUUAUCGGCCUACCGGUCAAGGAAACGCCGCCUCACUGCGUUCCUGCCUUUGUCCUUCCCGACUUUAUCAACGAGGCGGAGGAGCGCGCACUCUUGGCGCUUACGGAGCCGUGGUUCUCGCGACUUCCGUGCAACGAGGGGCAUAUGGACGCACUGAUACACCAUUACAAGGAAUUUUAUCGAUCCUACAAGGGGCUGAUGGAGGGUGAGGGGGCGUGUGGGAGUUGUGAAGACGGAUGCCGACAUGUGCGUAGGGCUCUCGAGAGGUGUUGGAGCGCGGCAAGUGGAUAUGUUCCCGCCACGCCAUUGGAUGACAGAGUGCAUUUCCUGCGGUUGAGCGAAUGUGGGUUCAUAAGGGCCCAUGCCGAUGACACCCGCAACUCAAGCGGCAUCAUUGCCGGGCUGUGCCUUGGCUCCGCAAGGGUGAUGACGCUAACGCACCCCGACCACGCGGGGCAGCGAGUGGAACUCAUGCUUGCUCCCCGUGCGUUUUACGUGCUUAUGGGGGCGGCGAGAUACAAAUGGGAGCACAGCGUUGACUGGAUAAGGGAUGACGAUGAGCACAUCGAACGAGUUCGUGGCAGGGUGCCACCGGGCGAGAGAUCACUAGUAUUUGACGGAAAGGAAACGGAGUUUAGGCGAGGAGAGCGAACAGCUAUUAUUUUUCGAGGAGUUUCGCCCCUGGAGUUACUCAAACACAAGACGUUGGAAAGAAAGGGCCACACAUGA